AUGGAGCCGGAGGCCGAUGCCAUGGCCCUCGCGUCGGACGCCGCGGCGCCUGAGCUCCCAUCGUCGCAGCUCGAUUUUUUCAAGACCAGAGUUCGAUUAUUAUGUGAUAGCAACACGGGAGAUUUUGAUGCUUGGGUAUCAUUAAUAAAUGCUGCAGAGGGAACAUCAGCAGAUGACAUAGAAGUUAUAAGCUUGGUAUACCAUAGCUUCUUGUUGGAAUUUCCUUUGUGCUAUGGUUACUGGAUCAAGUAUGCAGCUCACAAGGCACGACUAUGCACAACCAGAUAUGUAGUGGAUGUUUAUGAACAAGCUGUCCACGCUGUACCUCAUUCUGUUGAUAUUUGGGUCAGUUACUGUGGGUUUGGUAUAUGUGCAUUUGAAGAACCUGCUCAUAUCAGAAGUUUAUUCGAGAGGGCUUUAUCUCUUGUUGGAAAGGACUAUUUGUGUUAUCACCUGUGGGACAUGUAUAUAGAAUUUGAAACCUCUCAGAAGCAGCUGGUUCAGCUUGCCACCAUUUUUAUCAACACACUGAAAUUUCCCACAAAGAAGUUGCACAUGUAUUAUGAAAGUUUUAGAAAGUUUGUAACAUUAUUGGAACAAGAGGUGACAAGUUGUGUUGCUGAAAUUUUAUCAGAAGAAAUGCAUGCUUCUGAAAUGAUAGGCACUGAAGAUUCUGAGUUGGAUAUAUCAACUAUUAUUGCUGACUUAUUUGACCAAAAAGGUGGGCAUCUUAGUCCUGAAGCUUUGAAGCAUUACUUAUCUGCUGGGGAGAGGCUCUACAAAACGUCCAGCAAGAUUUACAAAGAAAUCUGUUACUUUGAGGCAUCCAUAAAAAGGCCUUUUUUUCAUGUCAAUCCACUUGAUGAUGAUCAGCUUGAAAACUGGCACCAGUAUCUUGACUUUGUUGAGAAGAAUGGGGAUUUUGACUGGGCUGUAAAACUUUAUGAGAGGUGCUUGAUCCCUUGUGCUAAUUAUUCGGAGUUUUGGAUCCGCUACUCAGAGUAUGUCGAUGCUAAAGGCGGCCGAGAAAUUGCAAACCAUGCUCUGGGUCGAGCAUCAUCAUGUUUUGUAAAGGAAGUUCCAACUUUCUGCAUGUAUUAUGCGUUGUUUAAAGAGCAAAUUGGUGAUGCACCGGCUGCGCGCUCUCUUUUUACUAAAGCAAGAAGUUACUUCACUUCAGGGUUUUAUGCAAAUAUUAAUAGGCUGGCCAACAUGGAAAAACGAAUGGGAAACACUAAAGCAGCUUCUGAGAUAUAUGAGAUAGCAAUUGAGGAUGCAAUGCAGAAGAAGAACAUAGAGUUGCUUCCUGACCUGUACAACAAUUUUGCUCAGUUCAUAUAUGCAGCAAGUCAUAGCAUUAUUGAGGCUAAACAAGUCUUUGUCAAGGGAAUAAAUCGUGCACCCUGUAAACCAUUGAUUAAGGGAUUCAUACAGUUCAUGAGUACACAUGGAGGGCCUAAAGACAUACCUCUUCUUGAUUCUCUUAUUUCUAAUGCCGUGACUCCAGGAUCUGAUGUAUCUACAGCCUUAAGCACAGAGGACCGUGAAGAUAUCUCAUUGUUGUUUUUGGAGCUCCUUCACUUCAAUCACCAAUCAGAUGGUGACUUGGAUGAAAUAGGGGUGUGCACAGGAUAUGAUCCUCUUCAAUAUGUACUGUUUGUUGACCUCUAUGGGGGUAUUAAAGAACUCAGAAAGGCAUGGGCUCGGCAUAGUAAACUGUUUCCUCACAGCACUGGGAACAUUUCACGGCAUUAUUCUACUAUGGGGAAUAGCCUUCAAGACACUAACAAGAGGAGAAAAACAGAACCGUUGAUGGUUGCUCGUGAUCAAUCCUUAGAAGAUACAAUCGAACUGAAACAGCCACCCAAAACUGAUGAUUUUUCUCUUAUAGUUGAUAAAGAGAGUGAACCACAAGUGGAUAAGGACAUUGUGGAUUCAGGAAAAGGACAUAGGGAUGCAGGAGAGCAGAAAGCUUUAGAGAUUGUCAAUUCACAUAAAGAGACCAUCAGGACAGCUCAGGAAUGCACUGACAUGGUUCACAGUGAACAUAUCCUGGACAAAAAUGGAAUGCAAAAGCAAAUGAAUUCACAUGCCAAAGAAGAGAGUAAUCAAGAUCUAAUGUUGCAUGAACAAAAUGAUGAGAAAACAAAUUCUCGUGCUGCGGAGGCUCCUGUAGCUGAGUCAGGUGACUGUGAUUCUCCUUCCAAAGCAAUUGCUAGCUCUGAGAACAUCAAUUCUGAGGGCAAGGUCAUUGAGGUAUCUGCAAGCAGCCAUCUAGAAACAGUAUUCUCAAAAUAUGACUCGCCGUCUGGAUCAAACAUGCACAAUGAAGGAAAUUCUUCUGGUCCAGCUCGAAUAUCUCCAGAGCUGGAGGAAAGGCAACAUGUGGAGGUUCAGGUAAAAGUAGACACAGAGCAUGAUUUGUCUGUCAGUAAUGCAAACCUAGAGAGGUCUUUUGAUGGUCCAAAUCCAACUGAAUGUGAUAAGGAAAUCUCUGCCAUUGGUCAUGGGAGUCAAGACCAUAUUCAAUCUUCGCAGUCAAAUCAACUCUCAGCCUGUGCAAAACCUUUGAGCUUGGACUUAGCGAAAACAAAAUCGGAUACUGUCGGUUUUCAAGCUCAACUUCGACACCAGUUGGGGAAUGCUCAAACACAUCAAUCUAAUAACCUUUCACAUAACAUGCAACAGCAAGAGCGUACUAUGGCUCAGAAUGUUCAAACAUCUGCACAAAUUCACGACCAAUUAUUUGCACAAUCCAAUCACGGAAACCAACAGUAUCUCCAAACGAUGCAAGGGUAUGCAUCACAAAUGGGGCAAUAUUACCAGCAACAACUGUAUUACCUGCAGGCUCAGCACAAUCAACAGAUGCAGAGUCUGCAACAGCAACAGCUUCCAACUGAGCAUCUUCAGCAAAAUUUUAUGCAGCAAGUACAACAGCUGAACCAGCAAAUGGUACUUUGGCAGCAACAAGUGCAGCAGCAGCAACAGGUAGUACUACAACAGGCACUGCCAGUCCAGCAACUUCCUGACGAAAAACAGGGUCAGUGUCCUUCUGGGGAUACCAAACACGACCAAAAUAAACAGCAGCAACAAGCACCUCAAAUGGAUCAACAAAGCCAGCAGUUGCAGCAACAACAGCUUCUUUAUCUCCAGCAACAGCAGCAGCAGCAACAACAAAUGUAUCUUAUACAGCAGCAGCAGAUGUAUCAACAACAGCAAGCUCAGCAACAGCAGCUCUUUCAGCAGCAGUUAAUGCAACAACAACAGUAUGUACUGCAGAUGCCACAGCAACAGCAAGACUCAGUUCAGCAGCAACUGUUUCAGCAACAACAGCAGCAGAUGAUGCUUCUUCAGCGACAGCAGCAACAGAUCCAACAGUACUUGCAACAGCAACAAAACCAACAAGGGCCCAAGAAUCAGACUUACAAGUCAAAUCCUCAGGUACUUACCCAAAUUCUGAUGAAAUACAAUAAGUAUGGGCAUAAACAUGAGUGA